AUUUGCGAAAACGGCAUUUGCAUAAAUCUAUUCCACUGUCGAGACAGCUCCCCUCACUAGUAAUGGGACUUCCAACCGGUCUAGGGUCAUUUCUACGCCAUGGCCUCUCCCAAGACUGUCCUUGACGUCACUCGCCCCGGGCACCGCAAGUUCUGCAAGCCCCCCGUCAAGGUUGCCUGUUUGUCCUGUCGCGCGUUGCGAGUCCGCUGCGAUGGCCAGGAGACGUGUGCAAACUGUGUCGCCAAAGGCAUCCCAUGUUCCUAUCUCCCAAGCAAACGAGGGGGCCCGCGAAACUGCCAGAACCGCAAGCGCAAACGACUCUCGACACCACCCACAACCAUAUCAGAUGCAAAGGAUGAUCGGGACAAUAUGGGGGAGACGUCUUCAAACUUGGAUGAAGAUGGCUGGUUGAACCAGCUUUUAAGCCUAGGUGCACCAGGGGCCGGGCUUCGCAGAAUCGAGAGCUCCGUGACGGAAAUGGAACAGAUCUUUGACUCGAUCUUCACACAGACUAUCAUACCCGAGCUCGCUGAGCCGGUGCCGGACCUGUUGCAAACUUAUGCAAGCGAUGCGGACAUACUUGACGCCUACUACGUCUUUGUUCAUAUCUAUUACCCUGUGCUGCCUCCUCCGGAACGAGUCCCCGCGCGCAACCGUCCGCUUUACGAAAGGUCGACAUUUCGACCAUCGAGUCCCUUGAGUCUUGCUAUAUCAGCCAUCCUAGCCCUUAUACCACAUCCUAAUGUGAAACAACCCUCUCGAACAGAGUACGUCAAGCUCCGCCGAGAACUGGCGCAUUCAUUUGCACAAUCCGCGCUGGAAGGCGUAGAGGCAGACCUCGAAUUGCUCGAUUCCUCAUCCGACCCGUCCAAGGCUCUCUCAGAUGGUGUCUCUCAAUUCCGACGGCAAGCCUUUCACAAUAAAGUCCCCAUAUGCUUGGAAGCUGUUCUGGCAUUGGUCCUGCUGAGUGUAUACGAAUAUGCUCAGCGAGGAAAUAUCAACAAGAUGUGCAAUCGAGCAGGCCAGGCCUUGACGGCUGCGAUGAGCAUGUCACUGCAUGAAAUGGUGGACGAGGAUGGAUUUUCCGAGUCUCGCCGGAGGGCUUGGUGGAUUACGUAUUUGACGGUCUGCCAGGGAUCAAUUGUGAGCGGCAGGCCUCCUGCAAUCAACCCAUACGACCCCCGAUUCGUCACGCCCUAUCCCGAGGGAUGGAAACUCCUCAUCGAGGCUCAGCAAACCAUCCUCGAAGCCACAACGUUCGUCCACGAUUUGGAUUUGACAACAAAGUCCCAUUUCAAUGCAUCGUGGAUCUCCCAGCGGAUGAUGGAGCUCGAUAACCAGAUAACCUGCUUGCUGGAUCCGUGCAGAAACACCUCUUGCCCGUCCUCCAACCCCCUCCCGCCCGUGGCUCUGGACUCACCCGACGUCGUCGCCUUGCAUACUUUGAAGCAGAUCGCAGAAAUAAAACUACAAAGUGCACGGAUUAAGACCCACCGCUUCUGCGCCUUCCAGGACAUCCCCGUUUUCCGCAAGCGCCACUGUGACUUGGAUGCGACUGCAGGUCCCGAGUGUUGUCGUCUUCAGGUACUCGAAGCAAGUAAUCCCCCGUCACCCGGGAGUUACUUCUCGUCAAUGCUAUCCGAAUCAUCAACGAUUGAGUUCCCCUUCUCUUCACAUGCAUCCUCUAAAAUUUGCCUCCACGCCGCUCUCAACAUUGUCAGUCUUCUUGAUAACCUCCCGUACCCAAACCCGACAAAUGAGAUUCCGUUGACUCGGCCACCGUACCUGUCCCGAAAUGCUCGGGUGGAGAUCCCCCGGAUGAUGCCGACCUUUGCCUGUUGCGCGAUGCAAUCCAGCUACGCGAUGCUGAUGUUGUGUCUGAAGGCGCGGGCAAUGCACGACACGGCUGACGACUCCUUGAGCAACCGACCAUUGAGCGGAUUUCUGGAUGAAGUGCGUCAGAGUCUGCGCCUUGUCUCGAAGGCUCUGGGGAACUACUCCAUCGCGUUCGAGGCGUUGAAUGGGAUGAGGGACGAAAUUACUCAAUCAGUUGAGUGGGCAUUUAGUAAUGAUGCCUCGUCCGAGGGAAAUAUUGACCCGCAGAUCUCGUCGGAAUUAGUAGAAAGUAUAAAAGACCUAUCAUCCAUUAAUGAUAAUGCUAGAGACGUUAUUUGAGUUAAUGAUGAAUCAGCAGUAGAAGAAUAUUUCACUAUCAGCUAAUCAGAAAAAACUGAAAUAGAUCUAUCGUGCUGACUUCAAGGCUCAGUUCGCGGCUUGUGUUGACGUAGAAUAUGAAGAGUGAAUUGUGGGAGAGAGAAAGAUCACGCAUUAAUCGACGCGCAACUCGCG